UAACGAAAUGGCCGAAGAAGCGGCGGCGGCGGGCGCUGCUGAGAAGGCUCGCGAGUUGCUAAAGAGCUACCUGGGGAAGCGGUUUCGUGUGGAGGUGAGCGACGGGAGGAUCGUCGAGGGCUCCUUCGUCUGCACGGACAAUGCACGCAACAUAGUCCUCAGCAACUGUGAAGAAUUCUACGGAAAACAUGAACUAGAGCAAGUAGAGGAGAGUGGUCGGGUCAGCAGUGGGUUGGACCAGAGUCGGCGGACCCUCGGAAUGGCAAUUGUGCCUGGGGGACACAUUCUCAGUAUUUCCAUGGCAACAAACAUGGCUGCCAUGGCAACAGAGACUAGCUCCACAACAACAGAAACCAGUACAGGUUCAUUGGGUGCAGUUGACUCAGCACAAGGCAUCAACCUAUUGUAAAUUCCUUUUUUGUAAAAUGGCCGCAUUAUUC